AUGCUUCCCCGACUCCUCCGGCCGCAGAGCACGCUGCGUGCUGUCUCUUCCCUCACACAGAAACCCACCUCCGCUCUCCCACGCUUCCAGACUCGCGGACUGCAUCGUGUGCCCCAGUUGACUCACGAUACCCACUUCAAGAACAAUGGAAUUCCGGAGCUGUUAUCACCAGAGGCUUUCGACUUCGCUUGGACGCAAUACCAGACCCUUUUGAUUGACAAGUUGAAUCUUCUUACACAGGAUACCGUCGAUGCGGAUGCGAAACCUGGAGAACUGCUGGUCAAGUACUCCCGGCGCCCAGAGAUGGCCUCCGUAUUCAACUACGCCUCUAUGGCUCAUAACAACCAUUUCUUCUUCAACUGCUUGUCGCCCACCCCUACCCAGAUCCCGGACAAGUUCGCCAAGGACAUCGUUGAUACCUGCUCCUCGAUCGAAUCCCUGAAACUCGACUUCCUUGCAACUGCCAAUGCUAUGUUUGGCCCCGGAUUUGUGUGGCUGGCCAAGAACCUGGAGAGGGAAGGAUUGAUGCACAUCUUCUGCACCUACAAUGCAGGCUCCCCUUACCCGGCCGCUCACUCUCGCCGGCAGCCCGUUGAUCUGGCCACGCACUCCCCCGACGCUCCGUUGGGCAACCAGUUUGCUGGAGCGAUGGGCGCUCACUCCGUGAACCAGAAGAGCCUGGCUCCUGGCGCUGUCGAUGUUCAGCCCAUUCUCUGUGUCAACACGUGGGAGCAUGUAUGGAUGAUGGACUACGGCAUUGGUGGCAAGGCUGAAUACCUCGAGCGCUGGUGGGAUCGCAUUAACUGGGAAGUUGUGUUCGAUAAUUACAACGCAGUCAGCUCGAUGAAGGGCACACGGCAUGCGGCCAACCGGAACCGUAGCCUGAGCAUGCUAUGA